AUGGCGGAGAAGCCGAAGCACGACGGGCGCGUGAAGAUCGGCCACUACGUGCUGGGCGACACGCUGGGGGUCGGCACCUUCGGCAAAGUGAAGAUUGGAGAACACCAGUUGACAGGCCAUAAAGUGGCAGUGAAAAUCUUAAACAGACAGAAGAUUCGUAGUUUGGAUGUGGUGGGAAAAAUCAAAAGAGAGAUUCAAAAUCUCAAACUCUUCCGACACCCUCACAUUAUCAAACUCUACCAAGUCAUCAGCACCCCAACUGAUUUUUUUAUGGUAAUGGAAUAUGUGUCUGGUGGUGAAUUAUUUGACUACAUCUGUAAACAUGGACGGGUCGAAGAGACGGAGGCUAGAAGACUCUUUCAGCAGAUUCUUUCUGCUGUGGAUUAUUGUCACAGACACAUGGUUGUUCACCGAGACCUGAAACCCGAGAAUGUGCUGCUCGAUGCCCACAUGAAUGCCAAGAUUGCCGACUUUGGUUUAUCAAAUAUGAUGUCAGAUGGUGAAUUUCUAAGAACAAGCUGUGGGUCUCCAAAUUAUGCAGCACCUGAAGUCAUCUCAGGCAGGUUGUACGCGGGGCCUGAGGUUGACAUUUGGAGCUGCGGUGUGAUUCUGUAUGCCCUCCUCUGUGGUACGCUGCCCUUUGAUGAUGAACACGUCCCAACGUUGUUUAAGAAAAUUCGGGGAGGUGUUUUUUACAUCCCAGAGUAUCUAAACCGUUCUGUUGCUACUCUCCUCAUGCACAUGUUGCAAGUGGAUCCCUUGAAACGAGCAACCAUCAAAGAUAUAAGAGAGCAUGAGUGGUUUAAACAAGACUUACCCAGUUAUUUGUUUCCUGAAGACCCUUCCUAUGAUGCGAACGUCAUCGAUGAUGAAGCUGUGAAGGAAGUGUGUGAAAAGUUUGAGUGCACAGAGUCGGAGGUGAUAAACAGCUUGUACAGUGGAGACCCUCAAGACCAGCUGGCCGUGGCUUACCAUCUCAUCAUCGACAACCGGAGAAUCAUGAACCAGGCCAGCGAGUUCUACCUUGCCUCCAGCCCGCCCACCGGCUCCUUCAUGGAUGACAGCACCAUGCACAUUCCCAUCGGGCUGAAGCCGCACCCUGAACGGAUGCCACCUCUAGUGUCAGACAGCCCCAAGGCCAAAUGCCCGCUGGAUGCUCUGAAUACCACCAAGCCCAAAUCUCUAGCUGUGAAAAAAGCCAAGUGGCACCUGGGGAUUCGCAGUCAAAGCAAACCCUACGAUAUCAUGAAUGAAGUCUACCGGGCUAUGAAGCAGCUGGAUUAUGAAUGGAAGGUGGUGAAUGCGUAUCAUCUUAGAGUAAGAAGAAAGAACCCCAUGACUGGCAAUUAUGUGAAAAUGAGCCUUCAGCUAUACCAGGUGGACAAUCGAAGUUACCUUCUGGACUUCAAAAGUAUCGAUGAUGAUGUCGCGGAGCAGAAGUCUGGGUCUUCGACGCCUCAACGUUCGUGUUCUGCGGCUGGCUUACACAGACUGAGGCUGAGCUUCGAUUCGACCGCAGCCGACUGCCCUUCUCCCGGUGGAUCCCUGAGCAGCUCCUUGACAGGAAGCGUGCCUUCUAUAACACCGCGCCUGGGCAGCCACACCAUGGACUUUUUUGAAAUGUGCGCCAGUCUGAUCACUACGUUAGCCCGCUGAUGCUGAUUCGCCACCGGUCUCUGUCCUUGUGUUAUUGCACUGUGAAGAUCAAAGUUGUUCUUUUAAAUUAUUAUCUCCUAUUCUGGAUAGCUUAUACACCACAAUACAAACUGAGAGUUGUAUCCCCUAGGGACACCCAUUCCCAUGUUGAUCAUUGAGUAGACUGACAUUUUAUCUAUUUUGCUCAUGGUAAAUUCACAUAGGUAAUAUAUUUGAUAGGUAAAUAGCAAUGGAAGUGAUUGUGGUUUUAAAGUAGUGGGUUCAUGUGUAAGCUGAUUGGUAGCCUCCUUCUGAAGAUGGAGCCUUGUUUAUGGGGAUUUGGCAGCAUCAUUUCACCGUAGUUUUCAAUCUGGGUACAUCAGGGGGGCUGCACAACCCUUGCUAGGUGGUGAGGUGUUUUGAGCCCUCCCACUUAUCUUCUGGUUACUGUGAUAAGUCCUUAUUGAGCACCUACUGUACGUAAAGAUGUAUGCAGAGCCCAGCAAGACUUUCUUUUCAUAGUUUAUCCAGCAAUCAUUAGUCUGGUGUUGAGAAUUUGAGAGGAGAGAGCUCGCUAGCUGGAAUUUCAGGGUCAACAUUCUCCUGGUCUAGACAAAUCUCCUGCAGGGCAGCGGGGCAGGUUUAUGCUUCUGCAGCAGGUUACUGCUGUUCCAGGGAAGUCGCUGUAUUUGAAAAGGUCCUUUGACCAUCUUUGCACACCCAUCUCAGGGUUGUUAAUAUCUAGCUUUCCAGAGUGGGGAUUUCAUUUUGGAAACUUUUUUAAGUUUUCAAGGACUGUAGGGAAUGCCUUGAAUUAUCGCCAUUUCACUUGUGAGGUCUUUCUUCCAAGUUUCACAGCAUGACUUUGAAACCUCAUUCCCCUUCCCUUGUACAAAUUGACCUUUGCUUUAUUUCUUCUUUUAUACUUCUUUAAUAAUAGUGAAACAGACCCUUAAAUGAGAGAGCAUCUCCCCUUAAAAGAGAAUGCUUACCUCCGGUCACACAUUUGGCUGCUUGGGGAACCUCUGAAUUCUACCAAGCCAGCCCUUCCUUUGAAGUUGGAUUUCUUUCUCUGCCUGCCCCUCCCUC